AUGGCCGGCCCACUGCGUGUCGAUGAAGUUGUAUUUGCUAAGAACAAUGUGCAAAUUAUGAUGAAGAAUGAACCAAACAGUAUGGUAGAUGGUUACCUUACGAUUAAGAAACGCGUGAGGAGUGCAGGCAGGAUGUGUUCACCACCUUGCUCACCACCACCAUCUCUUACCGCACAUUGGAUUCCUAAUGAGAAGUUGGCAAGAAGCAUACAUAGUGAUGGUGGAUACACGUUCACUGUCGACCUAGGCAAGAUGAGAUCUCUUCGAUUAUUUUAUGAUAAUGACAAAGCAAAAGGACAACUGGUGAUUGCAAGCAGAGAGAAUCAUUUCAAAGUCUUGCAUUUCCCUCAUGGUGGGCUCACACAGCUGCUUGCUGUUUUACAAGAAUGGUCUCUUUGUUCAGAACAGAUUGGAAAGCCAGGAAAAGAGAAGGAGACUGAUGGUCACAUGAGAACGUUUAUUAUUCAACAAGUUGCUCUGACAGAUGAACAAUAUCAUCCAGAAGAGGGAAUGUUUGUUCGCCUUGCUAUUGAUACGUGGCAAGCGUUCCAUGAUUCAAAUGGAGCUGUUUUAAAUAGUUCACUUAUCAGACGCAUCGUUUUCUUUGCUGGAGUGGAUGAUGCAGCGAGGCCACUUGUAUGGCCGUUUCUUUUUGGAUUUUACUCAUUCAAUUCAACAAGAGAAGAGAGACUGAUUGUCUAUCGAAGUAAGGAGGAAGAGUUCAAGGAAAUAGAGAGAGAAAGGAUUUCUUUUCUUUCUGAAUGUAAUGAGCCUAGUAUUCGGCAAGUGUUACGGAAGCUGGAAUGUGAUGUAUUGCGAACAGACCGAUCUUCCCCUUUCUACUCUGGAGAAGGGAAUCCAAAUGUAGAAUGUCUGAGAGAACUACUUCUCAACUACACUGUGUACGACAAAGAGAUGAGUUACACACAGGGCAUGUCAGACUUGCUGUCUCCUAUUCUGUCAGUGUUACAAGACAAAGUCAUUUCAUUUUGGUGUUUCACAGAGCUGAUGAAGAAGAGCCAAUUCUUAUCAUCUCCCAAGCAAGCCAUUAGUGCUCACUUGGUGAUGUUACGAGAACUAAUCAGACUGUUGCUUCCUGAGUUUUAUCAUCAUUUGGCACUAAGUAGUGAGUCUAUGGAACUUGUUUUUUGUCAUCGCUGGUUCCUUCUCUUCUUCAAGCGUGAAUUCAAUGAGAGUGACCUUCUCACAUUGUGGGAGUGUCUUUGGAGUGGACAUUUAACUGAACAUUUCCAUCUCUUUAUUGCUCUUGCAAUCAUUGGUGUUUAUGGGUAUGAUGUGUUGGAGAGAAGACUGCCUGCAGAUGAGAUGCUCAUGCAUUUCACUGAACAAGCAAAGAGCAUGAGCAGCAGUUUAGUGCUCAAUCAUGCAAGGGGAUUCCUCCACCAACUAAGUCAAUACAAACUGUUGCCAUGUUCUUUGGAGUCACUUGUCAAACAAUCAAAAAUUUGGGAAGACUCAGAGAGACCCAGUCUUGUUUGUAGUCAACAGUGCGAACACACUAAAGCUACUCUGGUUGUAUAGAUAGUACACAGUGACAUGCAUUCGGUUGGUUCUGUAAUAAUUUCUUAUUGCAGUGUAACAGUUUAAGUAAGUUAUAUAGCGUUUUGAUAUUGCAAAUAAUUUAAUGCUCUUUAGCAAUGAUAAACUUCAGUAUGGAAACUGUAUAGUGCACUCU